UGGUCAGUCAUCCCGCAGGGCAGAUAGUCUCGACAGGAGGCAGCACGCGAUUCGUCAGGAUUUCGGACUCACUUGCGAUUAAAUUCGGUCCUCACGUCCGAGUGACGGAAGCAGAAAGUCUCAUAUUUCUUGAAAAUGAGGCCCCCGGCAUUCCCGCUCCUCGACUUCACGCUUGUUACACCAUGGGCCCGUUUGACCGCGAUCCAGCCGAUUUUGGAAGUAUAUAUGAUACCUACAUUGUCAUGACAUUUAUUGAGGGAAAGUCUUUGGAUCAAGCAUGGUCCAGCCUGGGCGACAACUGCAGGAUCUCGAUGGCUGCACAGCUACGAGACUACAUGGAAGAAUUGAGGUCCGUGACUCAGGAAGCUGGAUUCGGAAUAGGCUCCGUCCCGGGUGGACCCCUCCAGGAUCCUGUCUUUGAGUACCAUUCUUCAAAAGGUCUAUAUCUAUGCUCGUUAUGCCAACACGGCGUUCAUACUGAUUGACUUGACCGGCCCGUUCGCCAAUGAAGCAGUUUGAAAGACAGAAGUGCCCAAGCGCAUCGGGGACAAAGAUAUGGGCAAAUUUUUGGCAGGGAGAUCACCGCAAAUUCUGCCAUUUUUUCAUUUCCCCACGGGC